GAACAAGACUCGAUGGGAAAGGAGAGCCAAGUGUCCCCUAAUCCCUAAGGAAAUCGACGAUCAGAUGAAAUCUAACAAUUCUGAUCAGAUCCUUCCCAAAUUCUCCAUUAACGCUCUUAAAAUCUGCGCAAAUCCAGCAUGGAGAUUACACUCGCUAACGGAGGUAUUGCACAGCUUGUUUGAGGAGGUUAUAUAAAUCGUUGAAGUUUACCCAUGGUCGUGGCAAAUAUGCCAAAAGAACCAUAAUUGAGUCUAUUGUCACCGAAGCAGGUUUUCUUCGCCUGGUUCUCUAUUCAGCAGAGAGAGCUUGAGUCAUGCCAUGGAGAAAAGGCAGCUUUCUGAUGGCCCAAAUGCAUGUCAACGUAUCUAUUUGAUUGAUAGGCUGCGGAAAGCAGUAAAAUGGGCUACUUUGUUUUCACAAUUAUGUGCAAUUAAGGCAGAUUCUAGAACAUCUUUUUAAGCUGAGGAUAAGUAUUGUUGUCUCCUAAGAAGGCAUACUUCAAAGUGGAAGGAAGUUCUUUCGGCUCAACUUUAGGUGCUCCAACAGUGUGCUUCAUGGCAUCAAACACAUUAAUGGUGACCUUGUCAUCAUUUAGUCUCAACAUUAGCUCCCCUCGCUCCACAUCAAUCAGAGCUCUGGCUGUGGCUAGAAAAGGUCUCCCCAAAAUAAGAGGCAUCUCAGCAUCCUCCUCCAUAUUCAGGAUCACAAAAUCAGCAGGGAAGAUGAACUUGUCGACUUUAACAAGAACGUCUUCUAUGAUUCCAUCUGGCCUCUUCAAGGACCUAUCAGCAAGUUGUAAUGAGACCAUGCUCAGGAGCUGGAGAAAGACAUAUAUGGUCCCUUUGCAGACUUGUCUCCAGUGGACAAAAGACUUAUUUUGGACAAAAUCUUUUCCACAUAUCAUGGAGCCAGAGGCUAUAUUCGGGCUGAUUUGUACUGCAGCUCUUAAAAUCUGCGCAAAUGCAGCAUGGAGAUUACACUCGCUAUCAGAGGUAUUGCACAGCUCGUUUGAGGGUUUAUAUAAAUCGUUGAAGUUUACCCAUGUUCGCGGCAAAUAUGCCAAAAGAACCAUAAUUGAGUCUACUGUCGCCGAAGCAAGGUUUCUUCAUCUGGUUCUCUGUUCAGCAGAUAGAGCUUGGAGUCAUGCCAUGGAGAAAAGACAGCUUCCUGAUGGCACAAAUGCAUGUCAACGUAUCUAUUUGAUUGGUAGGCUGCGGAAAGCAGUUUUCAAAAUUAUGUGCAGUUACGGCAGAUUCUAGAACAUCUUUUUAAGCUGAGGGAUGCCUUAAGGCCAGCAUUUCAACAUCAACGUCAACGUGAACAACACUUUUAUCCCAAAGAUAUCUACAACACUUUAUUCCAAACUAAUUGGAG